AUGACCAAUCUGACAUUCUUUUCUGCCUGUUCACCCCAGCCACGAUCUAUAGCUCUCUGGCCCCUCUCAUCAUUGUGUAUCACUCUGUAUCCAUUUAUCUUUCUCUAUUUUACUCCCCCAGUUGCUUACCAUCCUGAGCACCGCUACCACUCGUUAAAAAAAAAAAAAACCCUUUGUCUUGUAGCUUCCUGCGUUUUUUUUCUUGGUGGUGGGGGGGAUUAUCAAUUUCGACUCUUUUUGAUAUUUUUUAACCUUUCUUAUCUUCUAUCUCUUUCUCUCUUACUCUCUCUUUCCUUUUCCCUCUCUUAUCCUCUAUCUCUUUCCACCUUUCUCUCUUACUCUCUUUCCUUUUCCCUAUCUUAUCCUCUAUCUCUUUCCACCGUUCUCUCUUACUCUCUCUUUCCUUCUCCCUCUCUUAUCUUGUAUCUCUUUCCGACUUUCUCUCUUACUCUCUCUUUCCUUUUCCCUAUCUUAUAUUCUAUCUCUUCCUCCUUUCCCAUUUUAUUUUUCCCUCUGUUAUCUACUAUCCCUUUGCCUCUCUCUCCUCUCUCUCUCUCUUACUUUCUAAUUUUUUCUCUCUUAUUCUCGGUCACAAUCACUUUCUCUUCGCAACACCAUCAGACUAAAUCCAUCUUCUGUCUGAAACCACACUAUCUAUCGUGGUCGACUAUCGCAUCGACCCAGAAUUUCAGUUUAUGUUUUUCUUUCUUUUUAUCUUUUUUUCUAUGUUUUUAUUUCGACACUUGUUUUUUUUUUUUACUUUUUUCUUCCUUCUUUUUAUUUUUUCUUGAUUAUUUCUUUUCUAUUUUUUUUCAUAUUUUCUUUUUCCCUUUUCCUUCGUUUCUUUUUCCUUUUUUUCAUUUCUCCUUCAUUUAUCAUUCCCUCUCCUUCAUUUCUUUUUCCUUUUCUUUCAUUUCUCUUUCCUUUUUCCUUCAUUUCUCCUUCCCUUUUACUUCGUUUCUCUUUUCUUUUUUUCGUUUCUCCUUCCUUUUCACCUUCACUUUUUCUUUCCCCCUUUUCUUCCUCACUUUUUCUCCGCCCCCUUUUUUUACUUUUUUUUUACGCUUCAUUUUCUGUUUUCAUUUUUCUUUAACUCUUUUGUCGUCUUUUCAUUUUUUCUAUUUGUUUCUUCUUCUUCUUCUUCUUCUUCUUCUUCUUCUUCUUCUUCUCUUUUAUUUUUUAUGA